UCGUGGAACAUUAGUCGAGAGUGGACAGUAUUUCGAGGAAAGUUGCUCCGAAAAAAAAAGUGGUCAUCAACCAACUUCUCGGGUUUGACCAUCGAUCGUAGUCGAUCAGCGGGGUGGUAGUGGUGCGAACGGUCGGAACACUCAGCUUUGAUAUUCUGUUUACGAAGCGGCACACGCAUUUUAUUCUAGCUAACGGAUCUAACGGACUCACCGGAAUCGUCGAACUUAUGUCGGUUGUAUACGCACGGUUUCAGAACGUGUAUAUCGUAUUCGCUCGCGGGUGACAGUUUCACGCCGGUAUCCGUUUCAGCAUAACCUCCAGUGAGCGUACAAUUAAAUUUCUGUCGCAGAGAGGAUGGAUCCUCUCGGCGGAGAUGGUUGCGGCGACGGGGAUGGCGAUCGACGCGCAGCGGGACGUGGUCGCGGUCGUGGACCAUGGACCUCUAGUCCUCAAGAGGUCCCUUCGCUAAGGAGACCCCAUCAUGCUACGUCUGAAUCGCAACCAGCAGGUUCCGCAGAAAUGAAAGAUACGGAGCAAAGCAAGUCAGACAAAUCAGAUCAGUUUGAUGACAUUAUACAGAAUUCAACGUUGUCUGUACAUGCAGCUGAGUUUGUUCCAAAAUCGUAUCCCAUGAAGCAGCCAUCGAGGCAUCAACAGCAGCAACAACCGACAGCACAACAUUUACAGAAACGUUCAAUUCAAGAUAGAUUACAAUUAGCACGGGAGAUGCCGCUUCAGUCUCACAUGACGCAACAGCAACAAGUAGAGCAGACCUCGAACGAUCAACAUUACGGAUAUUUUAACGCUGGUUCAGGAGAUUAUAAGGCUGUGAAUCAGGCGUCAAGUGGAGAUGAAUAUAAUGAUUCAAUCGAAUUCGCAAUUACAACGGACAAUUUGAUGAGUGUUAUACACUCCUUGAUAUUGUAUCCAGGACGAUUCACAUCGAUCGUACCACCACUCAUAAACGAUCUUAGGUUUCAUUUAAAAUCCCCUAGAGAUUUUCAAGAAAUUAUAAAGCUGAUAAUUCAGCAGUCUAUAAACGAAGGGAAUUUCCGGUACAGCGGAGCUCGAUUGUGUGAUUGUUUCGACAGCGCUGUAACACCCGCCGAACAGAAGUCGUUCCGAGAGAUUUUAUACACAUUGUGUAAGAGUGAAACGGAGAGUCGAGCUUCCAGUUGGAAGCAAAAGGAUGAACAUACGGAGGACGAACAGAAAAAAUGUCAUGGGUUAAUAUUAUUCCUAGCUGAACUGGUUACUCAGAUGGAGCACACAUCAGCUUUCGGUUUGGGAGAUUUAUUAAUUCAACUGAUAAUUACCGUCUUAAAGAAACCAGCUCCAAAUUCCGUUAAGAAUAUUUGCCAAGCUCUUAAACUGGCGGGUCAAACCUUGGAGAAGGACAAACGAAGUCGAAAGGAAAUGGAGACCAUGAUGCGAGCGUUAACAGAGCUGGUAACUGCUGGUAGAGUGGAUUCACACGUGGGACGUAUGGUGCACAGUGUUCAUCAGUUACGAAACGGCAAUUGGGGACAGACUUCUACCGCAGAUACCUCCGUCGAAUCCACACAAACCGUGGACCCGAAUCAAACUUUGGGAGAGCCUGUAUUUUAUGGGCCCGAUGGCAAAGUAUUGACCGCGGAAGAAAAGAAAUUUUUGGCAGACGUCGCUGACUGCACAACGAAUAUUGAUAACCAUGUAACGUUAGAGAGCUAUUACGAAGACGAAAUGAAAUUGCCGUCAGACGACGACGAAAUAGACGAGGCGUAUGAGGAAUUCUUAAAAAUUAUUCCGAAGCAGAUGAAGUUCCAGGCCCAGGAAUAAUUAGAGAUAUGACAAUGGCUACUCAUAAUCGUCACCAUUAUCGCGUUAAUGCUCAAGACUUAUAAAACCUCAUAGUUGGAAGCUAUGGGCACCUGCUAAAAUUUUAAUUCUCGAUUUUCCAUGAUAUGCACGAAUUACAAGAUAACUAAAUCCGAUGCGCGAUGAGACAAUUUCCGCCGCGAGUACAUAUGUUUAUACGAGUGAAUUAAUUUCCAGUGAGACUUUUUAUGUACCCUAUUACACGGAGCAAAAGGAUAGCGCCGCCACUCGUAGAUAUCCAUUAAAUGAAUUAUGGAGUAGCUGAACUAUUUCUUUAUCCACUAUUUUUUAUUUACGUAACGACUCUUCUCUUUUUUUCCAUCGUAUACUUUUAUAAAUCUGAAUACCAGUAUCUUGAGAUUUGUUCCU